CAGUUGAGUUGAGAUUUAAUUGCUCGAGGUUGAGGUUCUGCGUAGUAGGUGUGGUGUGAAGGACGCAAGGAAGGAAACAAAGAGGUGCUUGCGGCCUCCUCCUCGUCCUGCACGCACGACAGUAGCGGUGAGGUGAUUUUGCUCUUUCUUUAUGUACACUAGCGGCCAAGAGCCUUGCAGGUUCCUUUAAUCAACCCCAUGAAGUUGCGCUGAGAUCUGCAAGGCUCAACGGGGAGCCUUGAGUCGCGGUGAUGUUCUCUGAUCCAUCGCCGGUCGACGACGACGACGACGGUGAGCGCAGGAGCCAGAAGGAGUGGCACAUCCUUCAUUUUCUUAUUUUUUGGGAGUGGCUCAUUUUCUUUUCUGAGAGAUACUGUCGGCUUUUAUGCGCCUGCGUAAACAGUUUGCGCACAGGGAAUGAUUUCCAACUGUAUAGUACUCAUGAGACGACGACUGAGCAUUGCACCUCCGCUCCGCUCGAAGCGCUCGGUAACGUUGGCCAUGCAGGUCUGUCAUUGGUGAGGUCGAAUGAGUGGAAGAUUUACGUGUGCAUUCCCCCUGUCAGUCGUCUCGAAUUAGGGCGCAAUGCAUCAUGACUCCGGCUUCACUUUUCUUUCACUUCUUCCUUGAGAGUUUACCACAUUUUACCGUCCAGUUUCACCGCUGUGUCUUGCAUCUAGGCGCAGCGUCCUAGACCGCUCGUCUCACAGUAAUGGAGUCAAUCCUCAGCAGUGGCAAAUCUGGAAGCAUGAAUCUGAGAGCCUAGGACUCGCUCCCCCACUCUCGCCUGAAGCCAGGUCCGAGGACCAACCAAGUCCCGGAGUUUGGACAAGCGGAGUGUAAAGCUGAUUAAUCAUUUAAGGUUGGCACGAGGCAUCGCUCUGCAGCCCAUCCGGAUCGCGAAUCUCGGAAUAUGCUUGCUCUCAUGUCGAAGGGAAGAAAGAGGUCCGGGAGGACGAGGAUGGAAAUGUAGUCUGGGACACCGGGAAAGCACCCGAGCGCCUUUGGGACUGGAGGAUAGAAAGUGGACACUUCAUUAAUAAAACCGCAGAAUGGGGACGGCGAUGCAUGACUUGAGGGUGCAGGAACAAGAGACAAUGUCUUACAGUUGCCGGUUUGAUGAACCCCUAAAGUGCACCUCCCAUACCUCCCACGGCUUAUCUCUACCUACUUUGGAAGGCUCCGCAUCUAUUGUUGGGUGAUUUAUAUUCCUGCUGAGACAAUAUCCUACCGGCAACCUUAGUUCCGUGCCCGUUUACUGUAUCUGGGAGCUGUCGACUGUCUGCCGAGGUGCCAGGCGACAGGGGCACAUGAGACGGGCUCUUGCUCACCUCAUUGGAUGACCGAUCCCAACAACAAACGAGCCUUUUUGGACGCUCUUGUCAGUUCUAUGCCGCAGGUGAGUAUAGCACUAUCCCCCCCCCCCCCCCCCCCCCCCCCCCCCCCCAACGGCUUUAUUGCAGCCUACUUGGGUCGGUCACGAAACUGGUGUGUAUAAUUAUAUGAUAAUUUCCUUCCUUGUGGGAGGCCAAAUGGAGCCGGUUGCCCCCCUUGAGGAUCAUGAAAUUUAACCUUGUCUUUAGUGUAUUGUUUUGACUGAGGCUAUUCUCUGAAGCGAACUAAUAUUAAUCAUGGACACAGUUAACCCUUG